CGCCGGGAGCCGCGCGUCGGCGGAAGCGCGACGGGCCGGGGCGGCGGUGACCGGGCAGGGAGCCGUGUGUCCCGGGCUGUUCCGUCCCGUCCCGCCCCGCCGGGACCGCAGCUGCGCCUCUCCGGGCCGCGUCGCACGAUGGGCUCCCGCGCGGGCUGAGCCCCGCCGUGACGGAAAAAUGAGUGGUGGGUUGGCACCAAGCAAAAGCACAGUGUAUGUGUCGAAUUUACCCUUUGCUUUGACUAACAAUGAUCUGUACAGGAUAUUUUCAAAGUAUGGGAAAGUUGUCAAAGUUACCAUUAUGAAAGACAAAGACACCAGAAAGAGCAAAGGAGUUGCCUUUAUUUUGUUUUUGGAUAAAGAAUCUGCACAAAACUGUUCUCGGGCACUUAAUAACAAACAGUUGUUUGGAAGAGUAAUAAAAGCAAGUAUUGCCAUUGAUAAUGGAAGAGCAGCAGAAUUCAUUCGCAGGCGUAACUACUUUGAUAAGUCUAAGUGUUACGAAUGUGGGGAAGCAGGACACUUAAGUUAUGCUUGUCCUAAAAAUAUGCUAGGAGAGCGGGAACCACCAAAAAAAAAAGAAAAGAAGAAGAGAAAGAAAGUAGUGGAGCCAGAAGAAGUUGAGGAGGAAGAAGAAAGUGAAGAGGAAGGUGAAGACCCUGCUCUAGAUAGCCUCAGCCAAGCCAUAGCUUUUCAGCAAGCUAAAAUUGAGGAAGAACAACAAAGAUGGACACAGACUGCAGGGGAAUCUUCAAUUUCAGAUGAUUCAAAACGUCCACGGAUUAAGAAAAGUGCUUAUUUCAGUGAUGAGGAAGAACUUAGUGACUGAAAUAAUACUGUUCUAAAUGCAUAUGUAAGAUAUAUAUAGUGUACAUUUUGUAAAGUGCUACAAAGUGAUCUGUAAUACAGGUUUGUUUUGGUGUUGAAGACAGUGAAAAUCAUGGGGGUUUUUUAUUCUGUCCCCUGAUUCUCCCAUCUUUUUUAUAUCUGUGUCUCAAAACCUUACGUUUCAAGGCAACUUUUUAAAAAAAUGGUGUAAUAUACACUUAAAUCCAGAAAAGUAUCUGAGAAUGCAUCUUGCAGUUAGUGUCUAGACCCAAGUCCUAGCAGUGAAAUGUUUCAUGAGAGAAUUUCCCAAGGCUUUUUUCCUAAGAGGAGUUCCUCUUAGGAUGACUGUUAACACCGCUGAUGCUUUAUGUAUUAGUCUGUUUGGAAGCAGUGCUUUAGCAGUACUUCAGUAGAUUAUGAAACUUGCAUUAGUUCCUCUGCAUAGGAUUGAAUUUCAGCUUUAGGCAUUGUCUUUUUACUCUUCAUGCAGUACUAUAAUAAAUUAUUGUUACAUCAACACUGUUUCUCCUGACUGCAGUUUGAAUGCCUAAUAGUAAUUAGGGUUAUCCACAGAGUUUUAAAUACACUUGGAUCUAACCUGCAUCACAUCUGAACCUGUUGGCAAAAUCCAAAAGGCAUAGUUUCCUACAUGCCUAAAAACCAGCUUUCAUGUGUACUUGGAACUGUCAUGGUCUCUUAGCAAAGUGUGUUGCCACGUAUUUUGCAUUUAAAGCUUUUCAGACUUUCUCUGUCCUUAGAUCUCUCUAGGGUUCUAGGCAUGUUGUCCUGUAGCUGUGAUCAUUCCCAAAACCACAGACACAUGGUGAUAGUGGUACCCAUUUUAUAUUGGUGUGUAGUCUAAACUCCUCACUUUUAGGAAGCACAAGAUAAAAUACAUUCAUAAUUUCACACUUUGAAUAAGAGACGAGCUGGCCUCUUUCUAUUUUCAGGUCUUCCUGUUUGCUCAUCAGGACUUGAUUUUCUUCCAAAUAUAGAAAAUGUAAAUCCAAAUAUACCAUUAUGUAUUCUUAAUUAAUACCAAUUUAUAUUCAAAUAUGUAACUGGGUGCAAAGCAAAGAAAUAUGCACUCACACCCUCCAAGCUAGUAUAAAGUAGUGACAUUCAGAACAUCAUUCUGGUGCCUUCCAUUGCUCCUUAAACACAAGAAUUCAGAAACAAGAAUGAAGUAAUUCAAGUUUUUUCUGUGUAAGCUCCUCAAGUCAGAAUUGGAAGGAGUAUUGGGCUCUAGAUACAGGAAGAUCUUGGACUCAGUAAUGAAUGUUUUUAAGACUGACUUUAAUUUUUUUUGAAAAUAUGGUAUAUUAAAUCUGAAGCUUCCUUCACUGAACUUCAGGAAGAUCUCUAAAUACUGAACAGCUGAGAGCUAAACUGCCAGGCAUACUGUUAAUAAAUGAAAAUCACACUGCAUCAUGCAUAUGUGCAAUAAUGAAGCUUGAGGAGUUCUAAAAGAAGCAAGUAAUGCUUUUCUUCAAAUGUUAGGUUAGGGCUCAAUGGCAAUCCAAAAAAAAAAGCAACCACCCAAUAAAAAAGAUUAUGCCACUACAUAAAA